AUGGCAAGUACUAAAGCAAAUGCUACUCAGUGGGCGAGCGAGGGUUCUUGGUUCGAGAGGGAGGAUGGAAGGAGAGGAGUGUGGGUGCUGGAUGUGAGCACACGGGGUGUUCUGUUGUGUGUUCUAGUGGUUCAGAGGUGGAUCUCUCUUGGUUUCUCUGGUUUCUUUGCUAGUGUCCAUGAAUGGAGGCGGUCCCUGUUUGACCGCUACAACGUCGUAGCCUGGAACGCGAUCGUCCAGGCGGUUGCCCAGUUUGGAGAUUUUGACGAGGCCAAGAAACUCUUUGACCGUACGCCAUGCUGGAGCAUUGUCUCCUGGAACGCGAUGAUCACCGCGUACGGACAGAGGGGUUACGUCGACGAAGCCCAAGAAAUGCUCCACAGAAUGUCCCAGUGGAAUGUGGUGUCUCUCACGGCACUGGUAGCGGCUUACGGCCAAAACGGGCACCUAGAUCUCGCCAAAGAACUCUUCCACUGGAUGCCCGAGAGGAACAUCAUCACCUGGAACUCGAUGCUAGCUUUCCACCCGGGAGAUGGAAGCCAUCGUCUGGAAGAAGUGUUUUCGCUCAUGCCCUCCUGGGACCUGGCAUCGUAUAACUCUCUCGUCCAGGCACACGCGGAGCGAGGUAGCUUGGCGCGAGCUCGAGAGAUCUUCGACACAAUGUCCAAGCGCGAUUGGAUCUCCUGGCUCAUCAUAAUCACGGCUUUCUCUAGAGCAGGAAAGGUUGACGAGGCUCGGAAACUCUUCGACGCUUCACCGGAGCCGCGGAACGCUGCCCUGUGGAGCUGUAUGAUAAGCUGCUACACCGACAACGGCCGCUUGGAUGGAGCCAAGUUGAUGUUUGACACCAUGCCCGUCCCGAGCCUGAUUUCCUGGACCACCAUGCUCUCGGCUUAUGCCACCGGAGGACGAGCUCGGGAAGCACUGCAGCUGUUUAGCUCGAUGAUUCUUCAUGGCCUGGAGUGUAAGGAGGUGAGCUUCGUCACCGUCUUGAAUGCCUGCAGCCAUAUGGGAUGGGUCGAAACUGGCCGAGAAUACUUCCUCUCCAUGGUCUCCGACCAUGGAAUUCAUCCUGUUCCUGACCACUACACUUGUCUUGUUGACGCCUUUGGCCGCGCAGGGCAGUUGAAUAGAGCUCGGGAUCUUCUUCUCAGUGUACCUUUCAUGCCGGACUGUGCUGCAUGGGGAGCUUUGCUGGGUGCUUCUAUAGUUUAUGACGAUGUUCAAGUUGGCGAGUUAGCAGCGGAGCAACUAGUGGAGCUUGAGCCUGACCAAGCCACCACUUACGUGAAACUGGCUAAUGUUUACGCGGCUGGUGCUCGGUUGACGUAG